GGUCAUUCACUUUGCAGAUCAACACAACAGGGCUUGUCAGAACUAUCUUCUCAUGGAACGAUGGUCAUGGAAUGAGACUAAAAAGGCCAAAACACCCACUGUAAACAGGUCGGCUUGUCUUCAAUUUCUGUAUACUUGUAAUACACCCUUUCUCUAGUGUCAGUACCACAUGUUCUGAAACAAGCCAUGCAUCAUCUAUACAACAACCUGACAAUUUCAUCAUCUCCCUGCGUCGCAUGAUACAUGACAUUGACUUACUGGAACCCAGGAAACGUACUCUCCUCGCAACCAUGGUCCCUUCCGCUCUCUCUACCUUCUCACUUGGCAACUUGUGUGUUUUGGCUUGUAUCGUGAGCAAUUUGGAUAUGUCUCCUUUUUAUAAUGAAAGCUUCUAUUAUGGCCGUGUCAUCUGGGAGGUUAUGAAGCUGUGCAUGGGAGCUGAUGUUCAGGUUUACACAUCUUGGAAAGCACGAUUCAUGUGGACAAACCCUCUUCAGUGGCCUUCUAAGGAAGUGAACCCAGGCAUGAAUACUCUCAUUCAAGAGUAUGGGGCACCAGCUAUAAAGAGAAAGUAUGAUGUUGCCUGGGGGAUGUUCACUAAGAGAGUUCAGGAAUUCCGACAGCCACCAGUAUCUCGUCCUUUUAUUGAAGCAAAGAUAGCUGAAGCACGACAACGGAAAGCAGAGGCAGAGCAAAAGGAAGCAGAAGCACAACAGCAUGCAGCAGGAGCACAUCGGAUGGCAGCAGAGGCACGACAACGGACAGCAGAGGCACGACAACGGACAGAGGAGGCAUGUCAAAGGACAGCUGAAGCACAUCUAAAAAGAGCAGAGUUACAAAAACGGACAGUGGAGUCACGACAAAAGGCAACAGAGGCACGACAAAGGUUAGCAGGGAUGCAACAAAGAAUAGCGGAGUCACAACAAAGGAUAGCGGUGAUGCAAUACCGGACAGCAGAGAUGCGACAGCAGACCAUGCAGUUGAAUAAUGAAGCUGCAGAGGUGCAGAACAAGACAAGAGGCACAACAGCAGGCUGUGCGCCUCAAUGAGGAACCUGCUGCUUGCUGAAGUGCGGUGCUUGAACAGGGACCAAGUUUAUGCUAGUUAGAGCUUUUCUUUUCUUUG